UCGCGCCGCGGAGGAAGCCCAGCCCGCCCGCCCUGCAGCUCGCCUCCUCCUGCUGCUGCUCUGCCUGCCUUGCCUGCCUUGAGCCGGUUGGGGGGCGGCAGUCCCUAAUAGCCCUGCGAGGAAGGGCUUCCAUAAUCCCAACAACAAGCCCCCUCACUCACUCUCACACUCACCUAGAGAGAUAGAGAGAUAGGUGAUUUAUUUUUAUUUGCAGUAUCUCUAGAGAACAGGCAGGCACACCAGGGAAUUGAGGGCUCCACCAACACCAUCACUCUCGUGUUAACAAGAAGAACAAGGAGCAAGGCUAGCACAUUGAUUAUUACAGUAUUAGUAUUUUAUUGAAGAUUAAAGGCAGCCAAGUUUCCUUCACUCUCUCCAUCCCCUUCCUCAGAGGGAGGGGGGCUUAAAAGAAAGAGCUGGAAGAAGUUGGGACAUUUGAAUUUAUUUAAAACCCAAACCCACCUCCCACCCCAAACACACACACACACACACACAGAGGCUGGUGGUGUUGGGCCAAAGUGGGGAGAGUGGAGUGGAGGACUCCUGUUGCUGCUGCUGCUGCUGCUGCUGGUGAAUUGCACAUUCAAGUGGAAAAUUUUCCGGAGUCAGCAGAAACAUUGUAGUCCAAAAAAAGAGAGAGAGAGUGAAAGAGAGAGACAACAUAGCAGUUUCCAACAAAAGGAGGAGAUUGUUCCGGGAAAACUUCCUUUCGGAUCACUAUACUAUCGUAUGUUUGUGGCUGAAGCCUUCAUUUCAGAAUUAGGAGGGGAGGGAAAAGGCAGUACUUUUCCAUAGGCACAUCCUACUUUGUUUCAGAGGAUUCCCUCAACUGUGAAGAGCAGCUUUUUAGGGAGAGAGUGGUGUUCUGGUUCAUAGUUCCUGAAAUACGUGCUAAUGUAUAUUCUGUGUAUGCUUUAUACACUGGGUGAUGCAUGGUGGAAAGAUUUUUCCUCAUUCUUGGAAAUGGUUAAUGAGCAGAUAUGAAGGGGAAGAAAAACAAGCGAUUUAUUCUGUUGAAGCUUCCAGGCUGAGGCUUGGAGCAACCAGCCGUCACCAUUGAGCCUAGCAGCUGGAGCGGCAGUGAGAGUCCUGCCGAGGACAUUGAAAGAAUGAGCGAUUCUGCGGAUAAACCUAUUGAUAAUGACGCAGAAGGUGUCUGGAGCCCAGAUAUUGAGCAGAGCUUUCAGGAAGCACUAGCUAUAUAUCCCCCAUGUGGAAGAAGGAAAAUCAUAUUGUCUGAUGAAGGCAAAAUGUAUGGUAGGAAUGAACUGAUAGCCAGAUAUAUCAAACUUAGAACGGGAAAGACACGGACCAGGAAACAGGUGUCUAGUCACAUACAGGUCUUAGCAAGGAAGAAAGUUCGAGAAAUUCAAGCCGCCAUUAAGGUGUCUAGUCACAUUCAGGUUCUUGCCAGAAGGAAAUCUCGUGAUUUUCAUUCCAAGCUGAAGGUAACAAGUAUGGAUCAGACCGCAAAGGACAAAGCACUCCAACAUAUGGCAGCCAUGUCGUCAGCUCAAAUAGUAUCUGCAACAGCGAUUCACAAUAAGUUGGGCCUGCCAGGAAUUCCUCGUCCCACAUUUCCUGGAGCACCUGGAUUUUGGCCGGGAAUGAUACAAACAGGACAACCUGGAUCUUCACAAGACAUAAAGCCAUUUGUUCAGCAGGCCUACCCUAUACAGCCAACAGUUGCAACCCCCAUUUCAGGGUUUGAACCUGCAUCAGCUCCAGCACCCUCAGUUCCUGCUUGGCAGGGUCGGUCCAUUGGAACAACAAAACUUAGAUUAGUAGAAUUUUCGGCUUUUCUUGAACAACAAAGAGAUCCAGAUUCUUAUAACAAACACCUCUUCGUGCACAUUGGACAUGCCAACCAUUCUUACAGUGAUCCAUUGCUGGAAUCGGUGGACAUUCGUCAGAUUUAUGACAAAUUCCCUGAAAAGAAAGGUGGCUUGAAGGAACUGUUUGGAAAAGGGCCCCAGAAUGCCUUCUUUCUAGUAAAAUUUUGGGCAGACUUAAACUGCAACAUACAAGAUGAUACCGGGGCGUUCUAUGGCGUAACGAGUCAAUAUGAGAGCUCAGAAAAUAUGACAAUCACCUGUUCCACCAAAGUCUGUUCAUUUGGGAAGCAAGUGGUAGAAAAAGUAGAGACUGAAUAUGCACGGUUUGAGAAUGGCCGGUUUGUGUUUAGAAUAAACCGUUCUCCAAUGUGUGAAUAUAUGAUCAAUUUCAUCCACAAGCUCAAACAUUUACCAGAGAAAUAUAUGAUGAACAGCGUCUUGGAAAACUUUACAAUUUUGUUGGUUGUAACAAACAGAGACACACAAGAAACCCUACUUUGUAUGGCUUGUGUAUUUGAAGUUUCAAACAGUGAACAUGGUGCACAGCAUCACAUCUACAGGCUUGUAAAGGACUGAACAGUUAUUUAUAGACACAUUUCAUUAUAACUCCUUCUGAAAACACAGACUGUCAACCUCAACACUAAGUGACAGUUCCUCUGGCUGAGCUUUCUCAAACACUUUUUUUUCCUAAACCUCAUUUUAGUGUGUCAGUAUAUAUUGUAGCUGUGAAAUUUCUGGUACAGUUGUACAAAUUCUUUCGAAAACAAAAGUGUUCUUCAAAUUUAUAUUAAAAAACACCAUUCUUUGGGGAAACUAUAUUUAAGAAUUUCAAAGCCUUUGUGGAAAUUUUGAUUUUGUUGUUGUUGUGUGAGAAGAAUAUAAGAGAGCAUUUGCCAUGGGAAAACUUAACAGCAAUUAAACAAGUUUGUGAGGUGUUUUGUCUAAAUCAAUUGAAUUGUUUUUAAGAUGGAGG